CGAAAAGUUAGCGAGCGCGCCAUGCUACUUGAGGAUAUCUCGGACCUUACGGAAGCGGCGGUGGACAAGAAAAAGGCGGCCAAGGAAGACAAGGUGAAGAAGGUCGACAAGCGCGAGAACGACGGCAUUCGUGCUGCGGCGUUGCAAGGUCUCAAGCGCAGGACAGCAGACGGCGACGACCAGGAAUCGGACUAUGAUAACAACGCCGAGACGCCAUCGAAGAAGACCAAGCGCGCCGCUGCGGCGACUAGCGACGUGGCGAGCAUUGUUCAGGCCAUUUCCAGCAUGAUCGAAGCGACCAACAAGCUGAAGCAAGACGAACUGGCCGCUAAGCAAGAGAAAAUUGCCGCCAAAAAGGAGGCGGUUGCCGUGAUGAAGGAAGAGCUCGCGCUGAGUCAUUGCAAGCUUCAACUGGAGGAGCAGCGGUACCUCCUUGACAAGUCCGAACACGAGGCUCGAUUCCAGUUGGAGAAAACAGAGCGCGAGGCCCAACUCGAGUUCAUGCGUAGCACGAUCGAGAUGAUGCGGUCUAUGACCUCCAACAAGUAAACCUUCUCCAUUGAGAUGUGGUGCUGAGAGA